UUCCUGUGGUUGCUCUUUUCAUCACAUUUUCCCCUGCACAGUAGAAUACCAUUACUGGAUCAUUUCUAGGGGCUUACAUCUUGUUUCUUCCCUUUUCUUUCCGUUGGUUAUCUUCCAUCCUGAUCAAAUAACAAUCUGCAGUGCAGGAAAAAACUAUGUGAAUAUCAAUGGAUUCCUUUCCUUCACUUCUGUUUUGCUUCUCUUUGUUGCUGAUUAUAGCUCCAUCCACAGCAGUUGACUCCAUCAAUACAACUCAACCAUUUAAAGAUGGAGAUUUUCUUGUUUCAGCUGGUGGAAGCUUUAAAUUGGGAUUUUUCAGCUUUGGCGCCUCCAGCAACCGUUACUUGUGCAUAUGGUAUAACCAAAUAUCUACUACGACUGUAGCUUGGGUUGCUAACAGGGAAACCCCGCUCAAUGAUUCAUCAGGUGUUUUGACGAUUUCUAGCCAAGGAAUUCUUGUCCUUCUUGAUCAAACUGGGAGAAAAUUAUGGUCUUCCAACUCAUCAAGGCCUGCAACAAAUCCGGUUGCGCAGCUUUUGGAUUCAGGAAACCUUGUUGUGAGAGAGGAGGGUGAUAGUAAUCUGGAAAAUUCCUUGUGGCAGAGUUUUGACUAUCCAGGCGAUACGUUCCUGCCAGAGAUGAAGCUUGGAAGGAACACUGUAACCAGUCUGGAUCGGUACAUAUCAUCAUGGAAGUCAUCUGAUGAUCCUUCUAGAGGUAAUUGGACUUACAGACUUGAUCCUGCUGCAUAUUCUGAGUUAAUUGUGAUAGAGGACUCAACUGAGAGGUUUAGGUCUGGACCAUGGAAUGGUAUGCGGUUCAGUGGUACUCCUCAACUGAAACUAAAUACGAUAUACACAUACAGAUUUGUUUAUGAUAAUGAUGAGGAAUACUACACCUAUCAGCUUGUUAACAGCUCAUUUCUUUCAAGGAUGGUGAUAAGUCAGAAUGGUGCUGUCCAGCGCUUCACCUGGAUUGAUCGAACGCAAUCUUGGGACCUCUAUCUCACAGUGCAAACUGAUAAUUGCGAUCGUUAUGCACUUUGUGGUGCAUAUGCCACUUGUAGCAUCAACAACUCCCCUGUAUGCAAUUGUUUGGAUGGAUUUACACCUAAAAUUUCUAAAGAUUGGGAUACAAUGGAUUGGUCAAGUGGUUGCGAUAGAAAGACUAAAUUGAAUUGCUCUGGAGAUGGGUUUCGAAAAUUCACUGGCAUCAAGUUACCUGAAACAAGAAAAUCCUGGUUUAACAGGAGCAUGAGUCUUGACGAGUGCAGAAGCACGUGCCUGAAGAACUGUUCUUGUACAGCUUAUGCAAAUUUGGACAUUAGCAAUAAUGGAGGGAGUGGGUGCUUGCUCUGGUUCAGUGACCUUAUUGAUAUGAGACAGUUCAAUGAAAAUGGGCAAGAAAUAUACAUAAGGAUGGCUAGAUCAGAACUAGGCAAUGAUGGGGGCGUGGAGGCUAAAUCCAAAGACAAAAAACAAACGCUUAUAAUAAUCUUAGUGCCAUGUGUUGCGAUGGUGUUUCUCAGUCUAGCCUUGUUCCUGCUUCUCCGAAGAAAGAAGCGGCAGAAAAAGAGAAAAAUGAAAGAUAUUCUGGAAACAAGUCAAAAUAAUAAAGGUAAGGAGGAAGAUCUAGAGCUGCCGUUGUUUGAUAUAAGUACUAUGUCUCGUGCAACCGAUGACUUUUCUGCGGCCAAUAUACUCGGACAAGGUGGUUUUGGAACUGUCUAUAAGGGAAUACUAAAAGAUGGACAAGAAAUAGCUGUGAAGAGGCUUUCAAAGACUUCAAAACAAGGACUCGAUGAAUUAAAAAACGAAAUCAAGCACAUUGUGAAACUUCAGCACCGAAAUCUAGUGAAGCUUCUAGGUUGCUGCAUUGAAGCCGAUGAAAUGAUGCUGAUCUAUGAGUUCAUGCCCAACAAAAGCUUGGACUUUAUCUUUGAUAAAACAAGGAACAAGGUACUAGACUGGCCUAAACGCUUCCACAUUAUCAAUGGGAUUGCCCGGGGACUCCUUUACCUUCACCAAGACUCGAGACUAAGAAUAAUUCACAGAGAUUUGAAAGCCAGCAACAUUUUAUUAGAUGACGAAAUGAAUCCAAAAAUUUCAGACUUUGGCCUGGCUAGAAGUGUCGGAGGAAGUGAAACUGAAGCCAAUACAAAUAAGGUGGUGGGAACAUAUGGCUACAUAUCACCAGAGUAUGCAAUUGAUGGGCUCUACUCUGUGAAAUCAGAUGUGUUUAGCUUUGGUGUGAUGGUGCUAGAGAUAGUGAGUGGAAAGAGAAAUAAAGGAUUUUGUCAUCCAGACUACAAGCUGGACCUUCUUGGAUAUGCAUGGAGACUAUUUACAGAAGGCAGGUCCUCAGAACUCAUUGCAGAAUCAAUUGUAGAAUCAUGCAAUUUAUAUGAAGCGCUGCGUUCGAUACAAAUAGGUCUAUUAUGCGUGCAACGGAGUCCAAGAGACAGACCAAGCAUGUCAUCAGUGGUUAUGAUGUUGGGCAGUGAGAGUGAAUUGCCUCAGCCGAAAGAACCUGGUUUUUUUAACACCAAGGAUAGUGGUAAAGCAAGUUCUUCAUCAAUUCAGAGCAAGAUUUCAGCUAAUGAAAUCACCAUGACACAACUAGAAGCAAGAUAGUUGACUUUUUGUACUGAUAGUUUUUUGGUUCAUCAUACCUGGGACUGAACUGUUCAUAUAAAAUAGUUUCUUUCUUUUCUUUUCUUUUGGUAAUCUUUUCACCAUUCGGAAGUAUAAAGUUAUACAAUCAUUUGUACAGGCAUGUGCUUUUUGCCCCCCUUUAUGAUAAUUGUCCAGGCUUUCGUUUGAUAUGUAAGCUUAUGAUCUACUGAAUAUAAAAGGAAAAAGAAAAACAGAAUUCAUGUUUACAGCAA